AUGCUUCCCCACGAUCUUCACUGGCCGUUUUUAGCGUCAGAACAGCACAACAUGGGCAAAGUGGAGGCAGUUCCCGAGAUCUCGUGCAAAACUUCCCGGCCAUUGUCUAAGAUUAACAGUGUGGGCGCCGUAUUCAUCACGCUUGAAGACGUUUUGCGGAUAACUAUGGGGCAAUGCAUCGAGAACGGAAUCCUUCUGAGCCGAACGUGGCAAUUUGUUUUGAAAAUCUCUGCUACCGGUCCCGAGUCAUCUGACACCUUGGUAUUGGACAUUAUUUCGUCACGACUUGGAGGCUUAGAGAUGAGCUUGACUUCUAGCUUCUGCAAUCAGCAGCCAUCGCGUUCAACAAUCGCCACUCAGACCUAUGAGACAUGUCUUGGUUAA